CGACAUUAGUCAUCAUCUUAACCAUUUGACUAUUCUUAAUAAUGCUUUCAAUUCCCAGCUGACACUUUACAGCAAUCUUCCAGGAAAGCUUUCUGAUCACAUUCACAGGAAUGCGCUGGAAAUUUUCUUUGUAAAAAAUGAUGAUUCAUUUCUUGUUUGUGAUUUUCAUAAGCAUAGGAUUAAGCUCGGGUGCUGAUCAGUACUAUGAUGGAACAUCAUGUUAUUCAGCUGAUAAUGUUCAAGGUACGAGGUACUCCUGCGAUUCUCUCUCGCCUUCAAAAUGCUGGACUUUCUUGGUUUACCGGGCGAAUGACAGGUUCAAUACCAUCGCGAAAAUAUCAACCCUCUUUAAUGUGACAUCGGAGGAAUUGCUUGGAAAGAACAGUAAUGUUACAUCUUCUUCUGAGGUUCUCAAUCCGGGGAGGGAGGUCGUCGUUCCAAUUACCUGUUCGUGUGUGGAUCGCUUUUACAAGGCGAAUUUGAGCUACAUUUUCGCAGGGAGCAUGACAUUGUCAAAUGUUGCCUGUGAAUUGUUCGAAGGACUUGUUAAAUCUGUGGUUUUGGAAGAACAAAACAGUGUUUUUUCCUCCAAUUCGAGUUUCCAGGUUGGUUCCACUAUUCAGGUUCCCCUGAAAUGUGCCUGUCCUGAUAAAAAUUCUACUAACGCAGGGGUGGAAUUUCUUGUUACUUAUCCCCUUAUUCGGAAUGAUGAUCCAAAUGUAAUUUGCGAAAGGUUCAACAUUUCUGUUUCUAAUCUGCUGGAUGUUAAUCAUCUAGAUGCUUUUGCUACAGUUUAUCCUAACACAACUGUUCUUGUGCCCCUGAAAUCAGAACCCAAAAUCAAUUUUGAUUUUCCAGGUUCUUCACCUCCUAGCAAUUCUCCAGGUUUUAUUCCCAUAGAGCCUGUUGAAAAGUCUAGAAAAAGCACACAACUUCAGAAAGUGUACAUUUCAGUUUCAGUUGUUGGAUUUUUCCUGGUUCUUGUUACUAUGGUUGCUUGUGGUCUAUAUGUUAAGACCUUGAGGAAAUGCAAGGCUGAGGAGAAAUCGCAUACCCUGACACGAAAAAGCUCGUUAACAUCAUGUUCAACGCCGCGAAGUUCUCAAUUGUCCGGUCCAACGCCACCUAAAAGCUCCACAGCUUCAUGCCUGUCACCUGAUUUGCUGGAAGGCAUCAAGUACUUGUUGGGGAACUAUACUGUGGAAGAGAUGAAGAAAGCCACAAACGACUUCAGCGAAGAAAGUCGAAUCAUGGACGAUGAUAUCUACAAAGGGUUCAUGGAUGAUGCUGAAAUACUCAUCAAACAAACAAGAUUUGAGGACACCAAGCAAGUUAUCGAUGUCCACUCGAAAAUCAACCACGUUCACAUAGUGAAACUCCUUGGAGUUUGCUAUGGCGACGACGAUAACUUCUCGUGGUGUUAUCUUGUCUUCGAUUACCCUAGUAAUGGUAGCUUAAGAGGGUGUUUAUCAAGUUCAAAUCCAUCUCUAAGGUGGCGACGCCGAACCCAUAUAGCUUUUGAUGUCGCAACUGGGCUACAUUACUUACAUUACUGUGUAGUUCCUCCUUACACACACAAGAAUGUGAGUUCAAAAACCAUAUUUCUGACAAGAAACUGGAGGGCUAAAGUAGCAGUUUUUGAGGCUAUGUCAAUAGCUGGAACUGGAACCUCAAAAGACCAUGAGAAUAUAAGUCAUUCAGAUCAUUUUGCUCAUGCAAUAACAUCUGAUCAGAAAGAAGAUAUAUAUGCUUUUGGGGUGGUUUUGUUGGAACUAAUAUCAGGCAAGAGGAAUUUGGAAGAGAAACCAUUGAUAGAAUCAGUUGCAUUUUUGGGAGGGGGAGCUAGUAGUAGUAGUGAUAAUCAAGCUGGAGGUUGUUUUGAUCAGUUAAAGAACUUUGUGGAUCCUAGUCUAAAAGAUGAUUAUCCUCUGGCUGAAGCCUUGUGCCUUGCAGUAUUGGCUAAAGCUUGUACUGAGGAUGAUCCAUUUCACAGACCAUCCAUGGAUGAUAUACUCAAGGUUCUUGGCAGAAUGGUGUAACAAUUUUUCUACAACC